CAAGUAUAUCAAUAGUAAUACAAAGGCAAAUAGAUUAGUUUAGAAAUUUGUGUACUUGAAUCAUUUCGAAAAAUGUUUGUACUUCAAGUAUCAAUAUAAAUUUAAAAAAUAUAUUACACUGUGAUAGCAGUGUUUCUAGAUACGAUACGUUUCUGAUUGUCAUAAUCUGUGUUAUAGGUUUCGGAACGGCCUUCUGUUUUUAUUGGCUGAACAUCUGUCAAACAGUUUCGACUGAUAGCGCGAAUAGUAACUUAACUAACUUCACAUUUAAAGCUACAGCCCGCAUUUUGGUAGUGGACGUGCGACGCCUUUGCAUUUCCGCAGCGCUCCUCUGUUUUGUUUGAUGAAUUCGAUUUGAGCAUUUUCCUAUAACCAAUUUAGUAUAAUGUGACUCUUUUUUUGUAUGUGAUUAAGUGUGGUUCUGUGAUAAAAAUGACCUAAUGUUUCUUAAAAGUGCUUGAUGGUUUUCUAUGAGUGUUUAGUGUAAAAUGGGUUUGAUUACUUCGAGGGAUCAGACAAUGUUAGACGGACCGGUCGGAACUACCAAGAAUCACCAUGUCCGGCAGCCGUCCACCAGAAAUCGUACCAAGCCCCCCAUGCCGGACAGAGAUGAAUUAGAGAGUCGAUUCAUCAAAGUUCUGGCGUCCAUGGACCUGCCGCCAGACAAGGCAAAGCUGCUGCGGAACUAUGACUUGGAAAAGAAAUGGGAGAUCAUAUGCGACCAAGACAUGGUGCAGGCGAAGGACUCGCCCGCCCACUAUCUCAACAAACUGAGGACCUACCUUGACCCUAAGGCGUCCAGGAGUCACAGAAAGAGAAAGAUGGUCGGUGACUCCACGUCGACGCAGGUUCUUAGGGAUUUAGAAAUAUCACUGCGAACUAAUCACAUCGAAUGGGUCCGUGAGUUCCUGAACGAUCAGAAUCAAGGUCUGGACGUGUUGAUCGACUACCUCAGCUUCAGACUGAGCAUGAUGAGGCACGAACAGCGAAUAGCACUCGCGAGGAGCCACUCCACAGACGCCAUCAACCAAGCGAACACGACGACUUCAGAGUGCAGCGGGCCGGAGAUGGGUGCGGGCUCCACGUGGCGGCGGAGGGCGAGGUCCGCGGACUCAGAGGGCGAAGGCCCGGGGGCGGGGUCCCCGGCCGCGGCCAGACGGAGGACCAGGCAUGCGGCGAGGCUCAACAUGGGCGCCUCCACUGAUGAUAUACACGUCUGCAUCAUGUGCAUGAGGGCCAUCAUGAACAAUAAGUAUGGCUUCAACAUGGUGAUCCAACAUCGCGAGGCUAUCAACAGCAUAGCCUUGUCCCUGGUACAUCACUCGCUCAGAACGAAGGCACUGGUGUUGGAACUGUUGGCGGCCAUCUGCCUGGUGAAGGGCGGUCAUCAGAUCAUUCUCUCCGCCUUCGAUAACUUCAAGGAGGUGGUCGGUGAGCCGAGGAGGUUCCACACUCUCAUGGAGUACUUCAUGAACUAUGACAGCUUCCAUAUUGAGUUCAUGGUGGCGUGUAUGCAGUUCGUCAACAUAAUAGUACAUUCAGUAGAGGACAUGAACUUCCGGGUGCACCUCCAGUACGAGUUCACGGCGCUCAAACUAGACGACUACCUCGAGAGGCUGAGGCUCUGUGAGAGCGAAGACUUACAGGUCCAAAUAUCAGCGUACCUCGAUAACGUGUUCGACGUGGCGGCUCUCAUGGAGGACAGCGAGACGAAGACGGCGGCCUUGGAGAAGGUCAAUGAACUGGAGGAUGAAUUGGGACAUGCUCACGAGCGGCUGGCGUCCUUGGAGAGAGAAGCCAUCGCUAAACAAGCAACGCUGGAGGCGGAACUAGCGCAAGUUAGACACGAGAGAGACCAGCUCGCUGAAGCACGGAGGCAGGUCGUGGAGGAGGUGUCGACUCUGAGGAGAGCUCAGCAGGACUCGAGGAACAGGCAGUCGAUGUUGGAGUCGAAGGUGCAGGAACUGGAAUCGCUGACCAAGUCACUACCGCGAGGAGCCUCCAUGGGUGCUAUAUCCUCACACGCGCUAUGUAACGGCACGGGUCCAGUCAACGGUCACAUCUCUCCUCCUGCUCCGCUAACCAACGGUGACGUCCACCCCCACUCCACCCCGCCGUCCCCUCCCCCCGAGGCGCCUCUCCCCCCACCCCCGGCGGCUCCCCUGCCCCCUCCUCCUCCCCCUCCACCUCUGGUGGCUCCCCCUCCCCCCGCCCCGCCGGCUCCCCCCGCGCCCGGCCUCAUGGCGCCCCCCAUACACACGGACGCCAUGACCAUAAAGAGGAAGGUCGACACCAAGUACAAGCUGCCGACACUCAACUGGAUCGCGCUGAAACCAAAUCAGGUGCGCGGUACGAUCUUCAACGAGCUGGACGAGGAGCGACCCCGACGGAGGAUCAACUUCGCCGAGUUCGAGGAGAGGUUCCGUAUAGGGGGCUGCGGUCCGGCCCGGGAGCCCGACGACCUCGCCUCCUUCCCCAGCAAGAGGUUCAGGAGACCCGACACUGUGUCGCUGUUGGAACACGCGCGGCUUAGGAACAUCGCGAUCUCCAGACGAAAACUGGACACGCCCGUAGAGAAGGUCAUCGCUGCGAUACACAACCUGGAUCUGAAACAGUUACCUCUGGAGAGUGUCGAAAUACUCCAGAGGAUGGUGCCCACGGAGGCGGAGCAGAAGGCUUACAAGGAGUACGUGGCGGAGAAGAAGAACGUCAACCAGCUCACGGAGGAGGACAAGUUCCUCAUGCAGCUGGCCAGGGUCGAGCGGAUCUCCGCCAAGCUGGCCAUCAUGAGCUACAUGGGCAACUUCUUCGACAACAUACAUCUCAUCACUCCGCAGAUCCACGCGAUCAUAUCCGGCUCGUCGUCCGUCAAGUCGUCGCAGAAGCUGCGGAACGUUCUAGAGAUCAUUCUGGCCUUCGGUAACUACCUGAACAGCAGCAAACGCGGCCCGGCCUACGGGUUCAAGCUGCAGUCCCUGGACACGUUGAUGGACACCAAGUCGACGGACAAGCGAGUGUCGCUGUUGCACUACAUCGUGGCCACCAUCAGACAGAACUUCCCCGAGCUGCUGAGCUUUGACGCUGAGCUCCUGUACAUCGACAAGGCAGCGCAAGUGUCGUUGGAGAACGUGGUAUCUGACGUGUGUGAGUUGGAGCGCGGUAUGGAGGCGGCGCGGCGGGAGAGCGAGGCGCGCGGGGCGCACGUGCUGAGGGACUUCGUCAACAACGCCGCGGACAAACUGCGCAGACUGCGCGCCGAGACCAAGCACGCACAGGACUCGUUCGCUGCGUGUGUCGAGUACUUCGGCGAGGCGCCGCGGAGCUGCGACGCGAACGCUUUCUUCUCGCUUCUCGUUAGAUUUACGAGAGCCUUUAAGCAAGCUGAUGCCGAGAACGAGCAGAGGAGGCGGCUGGAGGCCGCGCACUCAGACGUAGACCCCGCGAGGGCAAAGGUUGCGCACAAGAAACAACAGGAGGCGGUAAUAAACGAACUGAAAACGAAAUCACAGGCUGUGGAAAAGAAACUUCUUCAUCAGGACGAAGUGUACAACGGGGCCUUAGAGGACAUCCUGCACGGCCUACGAUCGGAGCCCUACAGACGGGCGGACGCCGUCCGACGCUCACACCGACGCCGAAUCAAUUCACACCGUCUCUCCAAGGGUCUGGAGGAACUGGACGUAUGAUACGAACCAUCCAGCGAACCGCUGGAUUUUUCAGUACAGAACGCCGUGAUGUCCAUAGACGCCAAGUGCGGCUUCUUCACGGCCAAGAAGAAACGUAAAGACUUGGAGAUGGUCCACAAGAAACCGAUCGCCAUCUACAACAUAGAGGACAACAUCGACUUCCCCAGCGAGUACCACAGAAAGCCGAAGGCGUCCACAUACAAAGUGGCGCCCUCCGACUACGAAGUGGAGGGUAGUUGUGAACUCAUCAAGACUACCUACGAAGUCAUAUCCAAGUACACGCGGGCGAUGUUCGACAAACAGAACGAGACGGUCGUCUAACACGCACAUACAGACACACACACACACGCACACACACACACGCGCGUGCAGAGGACAGAUGUGAUGUAUUUUAUACCGUAACACUGACACCGAGCGUCCAGUGCUAUUUUGAUAAGUGCAAUAUUUAUAUAAAGACAAACGUUUGAUACGCCCGCGAUUCAUUCCACACAACCAUAUUUUGCUAAGACAAAUUUACAGCGUUUUCUAUUUGUUUACAACGAGCUUGUUAGCUGACGGUUUUUGUACACGUUUUCGGCGCACGCCGCUCGGAGCACCGUUAUAUGACGAUUGCAGCAUUUACCGAGUAUAUUGAAUCAGUAUCGCUAGAUUGUUGACAUGGCCUUCGAUAUACGCACAGUUUUUUAACCGACUUUUUAUAUAAUCGAUGUAAUUUUUACAAGUUUAUAAUCGUAUUACCAUAGACUAGUUAUGUUUAUAAAUGAUACAUAAGUAUAUAGUAUUUAUUUUGUAUCGUCUUAAAGUAACAGAGUAGUUUAGAUUUUUUGCAUUUAAUAGUAGCAUUUCGUACAGUUGUGAUAAUAUUUUUUUUUUAUUUUGAUAUGGCAACAUUAGAUUUCAAUGACAAACGGUUAUGAUUUUUUUCUCACAGCCAUCAUGACAGUUCUGUACCUAAUUUUAAUAAGAUCCGCUGUAUGUUCCGUUUCAUUAUUGUUUGUGUAAUUAUUAUUUAUUCUCAAUAUUCGGAUACAACUGAUCUGAUAGUCAUUCUCGAAAUAAUCCAUUUGUAAAUAUAUUAUUUUCUUGAUCGCUGUUCAUUGAUUGUAAAUAUUGUAUAAUUUCGCUUAACUCAAGAUGCUUGAGGUGAUUCUGUUUGAUAGAUUAUUAUGGUUUUUAUUUAGAGCCGACAUGCACGAUAUAGUAUAUAACAAUUUAAUGUUCAAACAUAAUAUAUUUAUCUGUGUCAAUAUUCAGUUUGAUUUUUAAUAAUUUCUUAUAAUUAUAGUUUAGGUCAGAGUGCUUUUGAUCGGUGCUUAGUAUGCACUCGUCUUAGUUUUUAAUUUUAUUUAUUCAGUUUCAAAAUAUUGCGAAAUUCAUGCCUGCAUCAUAACAGGGUUGCAUUGAUUUCAAACAAUAAAAAAAAAUGUUGAAAGUUUAAAAGUUAUUUCAUAUAAUGUAAUCUGUAUAUUAUUCUCUCAUUAUGAUUCUUAAAAAGAAUACGUUUGAUUAGUUAUAAUUUUGGGAACGGUUACAGAUAUGGCACGAGUAUAGCAAGGACAAGAAAAAUUAUUAACACUUUAGUCACCAGAAGUAAUGAAAAAGUCAAGAUUAUUUGAUUUUGUUUGCUGAAAUCUGAAUGAAUCUUUACAGAUAAAAACACUGUCACUUCUAUAACCUUCUCGCGAUUACAAAGUAGUUUUAACAUUUCCAUUGUAUAGUUGUGGUGUCGAGUGUACAUGAGUUGAUUUUGUUCAUUGCAUGUAUUUGCUAGCUUAGAAACAGUAUUCAGUGAUGCAAUAAACAUUAACAUUA